CUCCAGCGCCGUCUCGGCCAGGGCACGCUCCACGAUGCCCGGCCGUGAGCGGUAGCGACGGCCGGCCGCCGCGCCCGGCGCGCUGCGGUGCAGCACCCCGCCGUGGCCGCAAUGAAGCCCCCGGUGGCCCGGCCAGGCCUGGCGCCCUGCGCGCUGCCUCUGCUGGCCAUGGCGUUCGCGGCGCGGCCGUGCGCGGGGUCGCGGGUGCUGCGGCGCAGGAGCGUGGGCGCCAGCGACUUCGAGCACUCGCAGGGCGGCGGCUCGCGCGCGGUCGCCGACAGCGCGCUGUGGGGCGCGGACAGCGCGUCGGGCGCCUCGGACCAGUCGGGCCAGGCCGGCGCCGCCCAGGAGCUGGUCGGGGAGCUGGUGGAGCAGCUGCUUGCCUCGGACUCCAUGGCCAUCAUGGACAUUGUCAGGGUGGCCCGCAACAUGCACUUGCGCGACGCGCUUCCCAAGCUCGAAACCAAGCUGCCGACGGAGAUCCUGACCCUGGCCCACAUGAGCGCCAAUGGGACCAAGGUCGAGGGUCAGUUCAGCGAGGCUUCCCUGGCGAAGGCGCGGGUGUACAUGAAUAACAUGAUGUACGACGCGUGGGAGCAGCUCGACGCCGUCAUGAUAGAAUGCAAGCAGUUCGAAGAGUCAAAUCGCGACACCUUCGGCCAGGUCGUGACCGAUCUUGAUCACAUCGGCGCCGAUCUGGGGGAUCGCGAGCGCAUGAAGGUUGAGGCGGAGGGCGGCAUCGCAGACAUGUCGCUCAGGAUCAAGGAAACCUCCGAGUUGCGGGACAAUCUGAAGAGGUCCUUCGAGACCAUCAGAGCCCAGAACGAGUACGAGCUACGCCUCAGGGAGGACGACCAGGCCGUGUUCGACGCCGUCCUGAACAUGACCAGGUGUCCCCCUGGCGGCAAGGACGACGGCUACGGACUGAUCCAGUGGCAGGUGUGCAACACCUCGGAGGGCGUCUCGCUGCACACGGGCGACCCAGAGGUCAUGGCCAAGCUGAAGAGGGCGCCCCGCGCCGAGCGCGCGCUGCUGGACGCCCUGGGGGCCGGGGCUCCCCCGGGCGCCGUGGCGGCGGCGAGCCUGCUUCAGGAGGGGGGCCUGGUCGGCGCCGCGGGCCGCCAGGCGCCGCCCCCCGUGCCCGUGUCGAAGGAGCCGCCCUCCGACAGCCAGUGGAAGAAGUGCAGGACCCCCCAGAGUGUGGACUGCGGCUUCCUCCACGACACGAUGGCGCUGCAGUGGGGCAAGUUCAAGGACCUCGUGGACGAGCUGACCACCUUGAUGGAGCGCAACAGCGACGAGUACAUCCAGGAGCGCGACAAUCUGAACGAGCAGGUUACUUCGCUCCGGGCCAGCAAGACGAAGCACCAGGAGAUGCUGGGGGAAGCCGUCUCGGAGAUGAACUCGCUCUCCGCGGAGACGCGCGAGAAGGAACAGCAGCAUCGCGACCUGGAGGCUACAUACAAGAAGAAGAUGAAGGAGUGCCAGGAUCGCAUGACGGAGAUCCUGUUCACGAACAUCUGCGCCGUCCGCGUCGUGCGUAACAAGCUCAUGGAGUACAGCAAGGUCACGCCACCAGAUAUGAUCAAGGACUGUGACUUUAGCGACUGGCGCCCCGAGAUGUGCUCCGUCGACUGCGACGACAACUGCCCCGCGGACGUCGGCGGCGUCAACGUCCAGGCUUGCGGUGGCACGCAGAAUCUUGUGCGGGAGCUUCUGAUUGCGCCCAGCCCAGUCGGCAUGCCUUGCCCGACACUCUCCAUGACGAAGAAGUGCAACCAGCACAAGUGUCCGGUGGCGUGCUCGAUGUCCGAGUGGAGCGGCUUCUCGGGCUGCUCCAAGGAGUGCGGCGGGGGCACCCAGGGCCGGACGCGCGCCAUCCUCGUCAAGCCGAGGAACGGCGGGAACGAGUGCGACACGACCAUGGAGGAGAGGUCCUGCAACACCGGGUCGUGCGAUCGGGACUGCACGCUCUUCGAGUGGACGGCCUGGGAGCCCUGCUCCAUGGCGUGCGGCGGCGGCCUGCAGAAGCGCGAGCGGCACGUCGACCUCCCGAUCCGGGCCAACGGCAAGUGCCCGGGCCCCCAGCACGCCGACCGACUGCAGAUGCAGGCGUGCAACACCCAGAAGUGCGUCGGCGACGAGAUAUGCAUCGCGCGCCAGGAUCUCGUGAUCGCCGUCGACGGGAGUGGCUCCGUGAAGAAGAAGGGUUUUGAUAUCCUGAAGAGUUUCGCGAGAAAUCUCACCUCCAGGUACCGGGCGGUAUAUUACGGUCAAGAGGACAUGAGGGUUGGCCUUAUUCUUUAUGGUAACGGCGUCUUGUUUAAAGAGGGAUACGUCAGCGAGGCAAUCCAGGCCCACCGUUUGUCGACUGACCUGGCGUCGGUGACACAGGCCAUCGAUCGCAUGCAGUGGCAGCGCGGUUUCACUAACAUGAUGCAAGCGUUCAAGCUUGCAGACAAGAUGUUCGAAGCAGAAGGCCGCAGCGAUGCACAGAGCGCCAUCCUGAUGUUGUCGGACGGCAAGUACACCAACGCCUUCCGAACGAGCCAGAAGGUCCAGAACUUGAAGGACAAGGGCAUUCAGAUCUUCAUGGCCCCUGUGUCCACCUACGCAGGCCAAAGCCUGGAGCAGAUCCGGGACUGGGCCAGCUCCCCGUGGGAGUCGAACUACGUGCGCAUCCCUGGCAUCGAGGCGCUGGAGAACAACGAGGACGUGUUCGCGCAGCAGCUGCUUGUGAAGUUCUGCCCGCGCGCGUUCUCGCCGUCCUUGGAGGCGGCCAGCGACGCAGAGGUCGGCUUCCUGAAGAUACACGACGAGGGCUACCCGACGGAGGAGUGCGGCAGCAAGGGGCACGUGGGCUACAAGGAAACGCUCGAGGAGUGCUUCCUGGCAGUCAAGAACCUGGGCGUCCUCGCCUUUGCCUACGAGGCGGGUGGCCGCUCUGCGGGGACCUGCUACUCGGAGGCCAUCAACGUCACGCAGGAGGUCUGGGACGACGCCCUCGCGAACCGCACGUCCCCGGCCUGCCCCAGCGGUGGCUGGGAGUUCUCCUACUACGCGAGCACCUUCAUCAUCAACCCGGCGGUCCUCACGUACGCGUCGCUGGAGCCCGGCGAGGACGAGCAGGUGUGACACCUCGGGAGCGCGAGCCCAGCGCUCGGCUGCGUUGGGCGUGCAGCGGGGGGAGAA